UUCGCUACGAAGUUUGUUGCACAUUCAAUUUUCUUACUAUGUCAAGUAAAGUUAGAGGCGCUGUUAAGUCAGUAGUCGAUUACAUGUUCCUGAGCAGAAGUGAACAUGGGGUUCUCUACUCGAAAAAUAAGCACAAAGACUAUGAAUAUGUAACAAACCUUCCUUUGCAAAUGGCAUUCUAUUUUAACAGCUUGUAUGCACCCUUUUGGUUCCUGGGUACAUUGAUGACACUUGUGAUAGAGUUUGCAUAUUUGGACCCAGUUUAUAAAGUGAUCACUACAUCCAUAUUUGCUUUGUAUUCUGUAUUGGAAGGACUUCGACUUUAUCUCGGUUAUGCCGGCAAUUUGAUGGAAUUGGUUCCUGAAUUAGCUGGAUCUUGGUUACUGACUGUUUUAAUUCAGCUUCCAGCUAUUUCUUUCCUGCUGUUCAAUCCACAUAUGAUAUUGUCAUCAUUUGAGAGGACUGUUCACAUCAUUGAGUUCAUAUUCAUAAUCUUUGAGUCCGUAGUUGGAUUUUUCGUCCUAAAACUUAUGGUUCAAAUACAAGCUAUAAAGUUCCAUGCGCAUUUGCGUUCUCGUAGAAAUGAAGCAUUUGAGAACAAGUCUUUUGAAUAUCAGUUGUAAACUUUCAUGAUAACUUUUUUCAUUCUAUACUUACAAUGUAUUUUGUACACACAUGAUCAUUAAAUAAUCCAUUCAAGUAGUGAGUAUUUCUUGUGAAUAUUCAGAUAAGGACCUUACUACAUAGAAUUUUCAGAAUUUGGCUUUUCGGUUAGAGAGAAGACUCUACAAGUGGGCUUUAUUUGACCAUUUAGUGCAUUUUUAUUGUCUUGGAUGCUGUUCAAGUAUCGUUUUACGUAUAAAGAAAUACCAAAAUAUAGCUGUAACCUGCCUUAUGAUAAAGAAAAGUCACACUUCGUCAAGGCAAGUUAAUGAAAAGUAUGGGUUACUUGGUCAUAAAAAUCAGUUAACUGAUCAAACUUUAUUUCGAAUAUGAAUAAGAAAGCAUUCGUUGCUGCAUGUUUCAAACGAAGAGUUCCAGGCGGUAACAACCUUACAAAAAUUAGUAGUUAACUAAACAUUUAUUGACUGAAGCAUUAUUAACUUUCUUCUGACUUCCUACCGAAAUGUCAUCUACAAAACUCAAAUAAGUGAAAACAUAUCAUACCUUCAUUAGUUAUAAAUGAAUGUAACUGUUCUGAUCAAAUUGUCGUAUGUUCCUCUUUGUUGAAAAAAGAAUAAUUUCAACUCAUUUAUGAACAAGAUUUAUAGUCUUGUCACUUUGUUUGAUUUCGUUUUACUAGUUCUUAGAAUCUGAAGUCUUUUCCUG